AUGUCUGGACAGACGCUUCGGACUGGGGGAUCAGCCUCCUCGUGGGACCUCGUUGGGCAGCGUGGCGUCUUCGCGAAAGAUGGCGAGGCGCCCCGCAUCAAUGCUCUGAACGUCCUGCCCGCUGAACCUCCCCCUUCCCCUGCUCGGCCGCAACGUCAUCGUCAUUCCGCGACGCGACCUUCACCCCUUCGCCCGCAUGUCCUUGCUCGAGAUCGUUUGGCGGGUUGGUCAACACCGCACGCUCAGCAGACUUGGACUUCACUGCGGGCGUAUUUUCCGGAAGCCACCAUCCUCCGAUGGCGUACUGUUGCGCUCGCCUCCGUAUCAGAGGACACGAGACAGAACUACGGGGCGGGCCUGCUCCGAUUCACCCAAUUCUGCGAUCAUUACCGAGCGCCCGAACACCUGCGCAUGCCUGCCAGUGAGUCCCUCCUGGCGGUUUUCGUGGCAGAGAUGGGUGCGGGAAAGGUGCAGGUCGGCACCAUCGAGUCAUGGCUAUCAGCUUUGGCCCUUUGUCACCAGAUCAACGGGGCACCUUGGAAGGGCGGGGACGUAUUAUCACGCACACGCAAGGGCGCCGCUGCAGUCUCUGCUCUCACGCUUCCGCGGCGCCGCCCACGCAACCCGGUCUCCCUUGAGCACAUGCUCGCCCUCCGGCGGCAUCUCGACCUCACGAACACAUUCGACUCUGCGGUUUGGGCGGAGGCUUGCGCAGCCAGGUGCGGAUGCUGCCGUUUGGGAGAACCACUACCGAGAAUGGGGAAACCCUUCGAUGCGAGAUAUAACAUGACCCGGGGUACAGGGAAGAAGAAUGGUGUCGCGUCGAACGGCCACGACUGGAUCUCGCUUUUCGUGCCCUACACGAAAACGAAAAAGUUCGAAGGCGAAUGGGUGCCCAACGACGCGCCGAUGUUUGCGUACGAGACGUCCUCCGGCUGGUCAACCUUGACCAAGGAAUCUUGGAUGGCACGUUGCGUAGAGAUAUGGGAUGUUUGCGGGCUCGGCUCCCUGCUUGGCCAUGGCUUCCGCAUCGGCGGCACGACUUUCCUGCUACUCCACGGCACGGAACUGUGGAUCGUCAUGCGCCAGGGACGGUGGUCCUCCAAGGCUUUUCUACGCUACUGGCGCCAGGUGGAGGAGAUUCUGCCUCAAUUCAUCGGAAAUUCUUUGGACAAUUCGAAGAGCUUAGGCAGCAUUGCACGCAACCCGAGACUCCGUGACCGUGACGGUUGCUUCCAUACACUUAGCCACAGUAGUGGCCCGGUGUAG